UAAGCGAAUCGCAUAGUACCAUCCAUCAGACGUCCACAAAAAAAGCCAUAUUUUGCCACAUUGGCCAGAAACACCUUUUUUUUAGUGAUCACAAGUUAACAAAAGAUGCAGUCGCUGCAAAAUCAACAAAUUGCUGGAGGUAUUGUUCUAAAAAUACCCGAUCAACUUUCGUCCUUCAGCCUAGCUGAAUUAGCGCAUAGAGAAUACCAGGCAGGUGAUUAUGAAAAUGCAGAACGUCAUUGUAUGCAGCUUUGGAGACAAGAUCCAACCAAUACUGGUGUUUUACUGCUGCUUUCUUCUAUACACUUCCAAUGUAGACGAUAUGACAAAUCUGCUCAGUUUUCAUCUUAUGCAAUCAAGCAAAAUCCAUUGUUAGCAGAAGCAUACUCGAAUCUUGGAAAUGUAUUUAAAGAACGAGGCCAGCUGGCUGAAGCGUUAGAUAAUUAUCGGCAUGCAGUUAGGUUAAAGCCAGACUUCAUUGAUGGAUACAUUAAUCUGGCAGCUGCUUUGGUUGCUGCAGGAGACAUGGAAGGAGCAGUCCAAGCCUAUGUUUCAGCGUUGCAAUAUAAUCCAGAUCUCUACUGUGUUCGAAGUGACUUAGGAAACUUGCUUAAAGCCCUUGGAAGACUGGAUGAGGCAAAGGCUUGCUAUUUGAAAGCCAUCGAAACUCGUGGUGACUUUGCAGUGGCGUGGUCCAACCUCGGCUGCGUGUUUAACGCGCAAGGGGACAUCUGGCUAGCCAUUCAUCACUUUGAAAAGGCCGUUACUUUGGAUCCGAAUUUUCUCGAUGCAUACAUAAACUUGGGGAAUGUCUUGAAAGAAGCUAGGAUUUUCGACAGAGCGGUUGCAGCAUAUUUACGGGCCUUAAACCUUAGUCCGAAUCAUGCAGUCGUUCAUGGUAACAUGGCCUGCGUAUACUACGAACAGGGUCUUAUUGAUCUUGCCAUUGAUACUUACCGACGUGCUAUUGAACUGCAGCCCCAUUUCCCUGAUGCCUACUGUAACCUCGCGAACGCACUCAAGGAGAAGGGCCAAGUACAGGAUGCUGAAGAUUGCUAUUCAACUGCUUUGCGUCUGUGCCCUGCUCAUGCAGAUUCACUUAAUAAUCUUGCCAACAUAAAGCGAGAACAAGGAUACAUCGAAGAGGCUACGAGGCUCUACCUUAAAGCACUAGAUGUAUUCCCUGAUUUUGCAGCAGCCCACAGUAAUCUAGCGUCCGUUUUACAACAGCAAGGCAAACUCAACGAAGCCCUUAUGCACUACAAAGAGGCGAUACGGAUCCAGCCAUCAUUUGCGGACGCAUACAGUAACAUGGGAAACACUUUGAAGGAGAUGCAAGACAUUAAUGGCGCCCUCCAGUGUUACACGAGGGCUAUUCAGAUAAAUCCUGCGUUCGCAGAUGCUCAUUCAAAUUUGGCGUCUAUUCACAAGGAUAGUGGACAAAUUCCUGAAGCAAUACAGUCCUAUCGGACAGCUUUGAAACUGAAACCAGAUUUUCCUGACGCUUACUGCAACCUGGCGCACUGUUUGCAAAUUGUUUGUGAUUGGACAGACUAUGAGACACGAAUGAAACGGUUAAUCCACAUUGUUGGAGAGCAACUUGAACGUAAUAGAUUACCGUCAGUCCACCCCCAUCAUUCAAUGCUCUACCCACUCUCGCAUGACUAUCGGAAAGCAAUAGCUGCACGACAUGCCAACCUCUGCGUGGAAAAGAUCUUGAUCUUGCACAAGCCGGUUUUCAAGUACCCUAAGGAACUGGCCCCGAAUGGUCGUUUGCGUAUUGGCUAUGUCUCAUCUGACUUUGGAAAUCACCCAACAAGCCACCUCAUGCAAUCCAUUCCAGGUUUCCACGAUCGCACCCGUGUUGAAAUCUUUUGUUAUUCCUUGAGUCCUGAUGAUGGUACAACUUUCCGGGCUAAAAUAGCGCGCGAAUCAGAACAUUUUGUUGACUUAUCGCAGGUCAUUUGCAAUGGUAAAGCUGCGGACAGAAUAAAUGCUGAUGGUAUCCAUAUUUUAGUCAACAUGAAUGGUUACACCAAGGGCGCCCGCAACGAAAUUUUUGCAAUGCGUCCUGCUCCAAUCCAAGUUAUGUGGCUUGGCUAUCCUGGUACAAGUGGGGCCUCUUAUAUGGACUACAUAAUCACGGAUCGAGUGACAUCCCCUCUUGAACUUGCUUCCCAGUUUUCAGAAAAGCUGGCGUACAUGCCCAAAACUUUCUUUGUUGGGGAUCAUCGGCAAAUGUUUCCUCAUCUUAAAGAAAGGCUGAUCAUAACUGUGGCUUCGUCAUCGCAGGAUAAAUUAAAGGUAGCAGACAAUGUUGCGCUCGUUAACGGAACUGAUUUGUCGCCAAUACUUGAACGCACAGAAAUCAAAAAGGUUACCGAAGUUGUUACACCAACUACAACCACAGGAUUGGAUGCUCCAAUACAAGUUUCCUUGACUGUGGCUCAGUUGACAACGAUGGAUCCCAUCGAGACUAUGAUAGGUUCAGGGCAAAUACAAACUUCCGUUAAUGGGGUCGUUGUGCAGAAUGGAUUAGCAACCAAUCAAGCAAAUACACGGGCGGCUACGGGUGAAGAAGUGCCACAGUCUAUUGUUGUUACCACUCGGCAGCAAUAUGGACUUCCAGAUGAUGCCAUCAUCUAUUGCAACUUCAAUCAGCUUUACAAGAUCGACCCUCCAACUCUCCAAAUGUGGGUCAAUAUUUUGAAGCGCGUACCGAACGCCGUUCUGUGGCUGCUGCGCUUCCCCACAGUUGGAGAAACAAACAUGUUGGCAACUGCUCAAUCCCUUGGUCUCGGCGCCGGACGUAUUUUAUUUUCUAAUGUUGCCGCAAAAGAGGAACAUGUUCGUCGUGGCCAGCUUGCUGACAUUUGCUUGGACACACCGCUGUGCAAUGGCCAUACUACAGGCAUGGACGUCUUAUGGGCUGGAACACCUAUGGUGACUCUUCCCGGUGAGACACUAGCGUCUCGCGUAGCAGCUUCGCAGCUCACAACUAUCGGUUGCCCGGAACUCAUUGCCUCGAGUGCGCAGGAAUAUGAGGAUAUUGCAGUCAAACUGGGGACGGAUUCAGAAUAUUUGAAAGCGAUAAGGGCAAAGGUUUGGGUUCGUCGUUCAGAUAGUCCACUGUUCAACUGCAAAAUCUAUGCAAAUGAUAUGGAACGCCUUUUCGGUCGGAUGUGGCAACGCCACGCAGCCGGAGAAAAGCCCAAUCAUGUUACACAGUGGGAUGACGGAGAGUAAUCGUAUUUUGGUCUAUUGCGCACUUAAAAGUCCAUAAUUUUUCGAUAGACAGAUCCAUGGAUUGUAGUCUUUUUUUUCCCCUUCUUGUUUCGUGAUCAGUUUUCUUCAUUUUGAAAAAAAUUUGCUUCAGCUUUCCCGAUGUUUUCUUUUGGGUAAUAUACUAAAUAAAAAAAAAACGA